AUGCAUCGCAGCUUUUCCAAAAGAUGGCUGAAUACUGCCCUUCGCACCAAAGAAGUCUCAACAACAGCUUUGGAGCUACCAGUCUUUCUGUGCCCUUCUCUUGCUGCUCACAAUGCUAGGCCGCAAGUUCUCGCGGGUCAGGUACUGUCCAGUCGCUCGCAAUGGAGGUUACCAUCAUCUCGUUGCUUGCACGUGCCAACCAGCACACCAACGGCCGCACACAUUGUCGAGAACGAUGUUCAUGACGUGAAGCCUAUUCGGAAGCUUCCUGCACAAUGCACGGGCUGCGGUGCUCUUUCUCAGACCUCGCACUCUGAUCAGCCUGGCUACUUUGACCUGGGCAGAAAAGUCGUUCGCCGGUAUAUAGGCUUGGAACAGCCCCAACAACGACAACUCAAGGCCAGUGAGCGCGAGGAGGACGAGGUCUUUCGCAGGACUAUUGAAUCGGUGGACAUGGAAAAGCUCAAGACUCUGGGGGUGGAUGUGGACGACAUUGCGCCGACCUUGGCACCUCAACCAGAUCGAGUUCAACCAGAAGCACCUCUCAAAACGCCUCUCUGCGACAGAUGCCAUACAUUAAUGCAUCAUCAAACUGGUGUUUCCAUCUACCACCCCACGAUUGACUCCAUCAGAGACACGCUCGAGGAGUCUCCCUACAAGUACAACCAUGUAUACCAUGUCCUCGAUGCUGCCGACUUUCCCAUGUCCCUGUUGCCCAAGAUUCAUUCACUGCUACAUUUGAUGCCUCUUCGGUCCAAGAACCGGCGUUCAAGGGCCGGCAAGUUUUAUCAUGGCCAAAAGACAGAGAUGAGUUUCGUCAUCACAAGAGCCGACCUCCUAGCGCCAACCAAGCCUCAAGUUGAUCGCCUGGUCCCGUACCUUCGAGAAGUCUUGCGGGAUGCCCUCGGUCGGACUGGAGAGGACUUGCGACUAGGAAACAUCAGAUGUGUCAGCUCAAGACGGAGUUGGUGGACCAAGGAACUCAAGGAAGAUAUCUGGAACCGUGGCGGCGCAGGUUGGCUGGUCGGGAAGGUCAAUGUGGGAAAGAGUCAACUCUUUGAAGCCGUCUUUCCCAAGGGACGAAUGGACUGGGACCCAUCAAGUCACCAGAUCAAGGUCGACAUGUUUGCCAAAGACGACCCUGAACCACCAACAAAGCUCCGUGAAGCGCUUCAGGAAAUCGAGGAGGACGCCAAUAGCAAUGAAAUGAUUGCCAAGCUGGAAGCAGACAAGGUGGACGAAUACUCCCUGCUGCCUCCAGCGCCCCCCGAGACUCAAUACCCCGAGAUGCCUCUGGUCUCUGAUCUUCCGGGAACCACGGCAUCGCCCAUUCGAGUUCCAUUUGGAAAUGGCAAAGGAGAACUCAUUGAUUUGCCGGGCCUAGAACGAACGGGCCUGGAAAAGUAUGUCAAGGAUGGACAGCAGACAUCGCUAAUACUACGCUCGCGCGUGGUUCCGGAACAGAUGGUGCUGAAGCAAGGAAAAUCAGUUCUCCUGGGUGGAUUGAUCCGCAUUACGCCGCGUGUCCCCGGUCCCAUUAUCAUGAGCUAUGCAUUCACGCCACUCGAGGCGCAUCUUACAAGCACAGACAAGGCGAUUGCGGUCCAGACCCAAACGAGCACUCUAAACAUCGACAGCAUCGCAGCCCCAGGCACGGGAGAGAAAAUCAAGCAUGCCGGAUCAUUUGCUCUCAAAUGGGACGUGACCAAGGAGCGUGCCGGCCCCAUCACGGCCAAGCACUCUGUCAAUAUCAAGGUCGACCGCCUGCCCUAUCGGGUGCUGGCCGCCGAUAUCCUGAUUGAAGGCGUCGGCUGGGUCGAGGUUGUAGCCCAAGUACGCACGAGAGAUUUGUACGAGAGGAGAGCCCCGACUGCCCCCGAAGCAAAGCCCGAAGCCGAGCUCACGGCCCUCGAACGGCUCGAUGCCUUGGCCGAGGGUCCCAAGAAGGAGGAACCGCGCCGCCCGGCUCGCACCGACGACGACAACGGCGACGGCGAGCCCAACUGGCCCAUUGUCGACGUGUACAGCCCCGAGGGCAAAUUUAUCGGCUACCGGCGACCCAUGAAUGGUUGGCUGCUCAACAAGCCGAGGGUGACGGCUGCCUCACAGAGGUCGCGGCCGCGAAAGAGCAUGAAGGGUGCCAAGAAACUUGAGAAACAGCGGCGAAGGGCUGCUGAGUAG